UCAUGGAGGUUACGUUUCUGUCUGGACACCUGGAUAUUGUGAAUCCUGGUGAGACAAGUGCAGCCCUGUCACGCCCACAGCGCCCCCUUUCGGCCCGGACGGCUCACCACGCCCCGGCGCCAUUGAAAGGGUACCAUGUCAGUCGUAGUCUGUCCCAGCACUCCUCUGGAGGUGGUGGCUCCUGCCGCUGUGGGCCCGAGGACUGUGACGGUCCAGGCAGAGACUACUACCAGAGUCACAGUGACGGACACUACUACCCACAAGGAGGCCCGGCCGAGGCCCUGGCAUUGGAAAGGCAUCAUUCCCAUUCCCACUCCCACAGCCACUCUGGAGGGGGAACAUUCCCUCGUUCUCAGCACCCACCCCUCCAGUCGUUUGACUCUUGUGAGGAAUGCCUACCCUCAGGUCCUGGAGGCAAGAUGCAUCGCAUCCCCCCCAAUCUAAUGGACCAGUUUGAGAAGCAGGUGCCCUUUCACCCUGACGGCUUCCACACACUGCAGUACCAGCGAACAGCAAGCGGGGGCACUGAGCAACGCAGUGAAAGUCCCUCUCGCAUCCGUCACCUUGUCAACUCCGUGCAGCGACUCUUUGCCAAGUCCCACUCACUGGAAGCGCCACCCAAACGGGAAUACAAUGGCACAAGAGCGGGGGGAGACCACCGUAGUGAGAGAGGAGGUCACAGGAGUGGAGGGGAAGAUGGCGGAGGCCACUACAGCGGCCACCAGUCUCGCUCUACAAGAAGAAGUAAAUCUCGAGAACGAAGCAAGAGCGGAGACUCCAGGCACGAGUCGGGCAGGCGCCACCGCAGCAAGACAACCGGCUGGUGGAGCUCAGAUGACAACCUGGAUAGUGACAGUGGUUACCUCGUCAGCGGAGGCAGGAGAGGGUAUCCGGCUGGACACGAAAGCCUCGAUGCUGCCAUCCAGGAGCUCACGAUGAAGAAACCCAAGGACCGCAGCGGAGCCCAAGGGCAUGGAGAAUGCAUGGCGUGCACAACUAUGGCCUUGACAGGGAGCGAUGGAGGCGGUCACCAUAGGCACCACGGCCACUCUCUGAAGAGAAGCACCUGGUCGGCCAUGACUGUGAGUCAGGCGAGGGAGGUGUUCCCUUCGACGAGGGGAGGAGCUUACAAUAAGGCCCUGGUACCCAUGGAUAGCAAGAUGAAGGAGAGAUCCUUUCACUACCUGCAGGUGCCGUCAGAAGACUGGGGAGGAGGAUACAGCGGCGGCGCUGCCGUCGACAGCGGAGGCGAAAUCCCCUGCCGUCGCAUGCGGAGUGGGAGCUACAUAAAGGCCAUGGGAGACGACGACAGCGCCGACUCGGACGCCAGUCCUAAAGCCUCGCCUAAGUCCACGUUGAUUGCUCAGAGGGAGGCUUUUAGACGGUCCAUCAGCAUGGAUCAAAGGUACUCUUGUAAGCAGUGCACAGAUUCCUACCCCAACAGCCGAACCACACCUAAACCACACGCACGCUCCCGUAGUUACACCCGCUCCCUGACAAGUUCACAGCUGGGAGACACAGUAAACCGUCAGUUUGAGGCAGUGUGUGAGACCAUGUUUGGAGAGGUGGAGUCUCAAGCUGUGGAGGCCCUGGAUCUUCCAGGUGUGUUCCGCACUCGCAGCCACAGCUACGUCCGUGCCAUCCAGGCCGGCUGUUCCCAGGACGAUGACUGCCUCUCCGUCUUCUCCAUGUCGGGGCCCCAGGGAAGCGUCAAGGGCGGGGCUGGUGAGUGUUUUUGCCUGCGUUGACCACCUUUAUUCCCUGUGUGCAAUAUAAUUUUUUUUUGUCUCUCACAUUCACACUGUUUCUUAAUGGUUUUGUUUUUGUCUAUUUUUCCUUUUNNCAAAGGUGCACCUCCUCCUCUUCCUCCUCGCAUGUCCAAGUCUUCACUAUCGGUGCGUGCCCAGAGCAGCACAGAGUCCACUCAGGACGCCUACUUCCAGAACAGCGGACAGUUGGUUUCAAGCUCAGGCUCUGGGGGCCCAAAGCAGCACAGCAAUUCUGUUGACAUGGGCAGCUCUGACGGGCCCUCUGGUCGCUCCUCCAGGGGGGGCUAUUACACCGGCGCAGUCCCGGGGCGUUCAAGGCAGCACAGUAACUCGGCCGAGAGCUUAGACGGGGUCAGAAGUUCUCGAGAGCUGGUGCCUUACGGAGGGGGCCCCGGAGUGGGUGUGAGAGCCAAACACAGUAGCUCUGCUGACAGCCUACUGGAGGGGCCACCGAGGCCAACAAGGGAGCGGGAGGGUAGGAUGGGGGGCAGCUUGGGGAAAUCUGCCUCUUUGCCCCAGAACAGCUUGGUUCUGAGUAAAACCUCGGGGCAAGACGAAGGACGUGUUGGCAGAAAGUGGAGUCCGUCCAUAGCUGUGCAGGUUGACAGCUCUGAGACCCUGUCAGAUUCGGAAGGAGAUGCCAAAGCUCUUACAGAGGUCCACUCUGUAGGGGUCCAGGUGGAAGACAACAAGAGGCGGGCUCGUUUCAAGCGCUCCAACAGCGUGACGGCAAGUGUGCAGGCCGACCUGGACCCCGAGGGCUUCCCAGGGCUCGGCGUCACCGUGCCAACACAAGACAAGAGCCUUCAGUUCGGCUGCUCCUUCCAAAGGCACUCGUCGGAGCCUGAGUCUGCCAGCCAGUACACCGAGAGCCAUCGAACGGUCCACACACAGGGGCAGUGGGGCUACAGGGAGGACUUUGUCCAAAGUGGCUACACCGCUGAUGUGUGUCCAGCAGAUCCACGGCCGCACCAGCACCCUCACUUGCCACCACGCUCCCACUCCCCUCUGCCCAUCACAUCAGAGCGAGCCUGGGCAGGAACACCAUCACUGGAAGGCCCACGCAGUUUGCCUGACUCAGGGCGAGCUACGCCAUGCAUGAGAGAUGGAGAGUUCUUUUUACGACUGCUGCAGACGGAGGUGGAGAGGAUGGAGGGCUGGUGCCAGAACAUGGAGAGAGAGGCUGAGGAGAAUGAACUGCCAGAGGAGAUUCUUGAGCUGAUUAGAAAUGCAGUUGGCAGCGCACAGAUGCUCAUGUCUCAGAAAGUCCAGCAGUUCUUUCGCCUUUGCCAACAAAGUGUGGAGCCCGCAGCAUAUCCUCAGCCCACCUCUCAGGACCUAGCAGGCUUCUGGGACCUGCUGCAGCUCAACAUAGAGGACGUCAGGGUCAAGUUUCAGGACCUUCAGAGGCUCAAGGACUCUGGUUGGAGGCUCCCAACUGAAAAGAAGGAGGACAAGAAACUUCCUCCGCCAUUACCAAAGAAGCCAGCGGGUGGCGUGAGUGGCAGCCUCCGGGCCGACAGCAUUGGGGAGGUGGGCGGCGGAGUUGGACCGGGGGGCCUGGUGGUUCCUCGUGUGGGUGGUCACACUUUACCCAUGAGAGAGAAGUCACUGGACCUCGGCGAGCGUCAGAGGACAGAAGCGAGGAGACGGCUGCUGCAGACCAAGAGAACGGCCUCGUUCAGGCAAAACUCAGCCACAGAGAGUGCUGACAGCAUAGAGAUCUACAUCCCUGAGGCUCAGACUCGACUCUAAAUACAGCUUACUGCGGGUCACGGCUCUUCAUGUGCGAGCCGCCCCUCAACAUUUCUGUCCAACACCAAUUAAUUAUACCUUGCUCAUCGGCCACAGCUGGCAUUUUAGUGUUUUGAAAUCCACACCUUACAGACCCAGUUGUUCACAGCAGAUACUUGUUUUUUAUCGUUUGGUUCAUCCCACAGUCGAUUGCAUACCACUCUGCACCGGUAGUAGCCUGGCGAAGGUCCACGCUGUAGUAGCAUGCCUGUGCGUGUUCACCUUCCACUUUUUUCUUCACUGAAAAUAAAGGGCUGAGCAUUGCAUAGAACCUCUGAGAAAACAUCCCCGAGAAAUCAGAAUCAGUUUGUGUAAAAUGCUGUAAAGUUUAUGAUUCUCCACAACACACAUUAAUGCUUUAGUUUUUCAGCCAGUGUGUAUGAAAUCUUAGAGACGACUUCGCCGCCAUCACCAUUUAAAUGCCAUAGCAGUCAAAUGCCUUUCGAAGUUGCAGCCAUCCAGGUCAUUGAGUUGGGUUGAAGACGUUUAGCUCUGAAAGGAGAGUAACUAGACAUUUUCAGCCUGUAUAGAACCCGAGAACCGAGCCAAUGGCCUAAAUAUCUGAAUUUUCUCUCUCUUUCAAUCAUCACAUCAUUGUAUGUGCAAAUUCUAUUUGGAUAUAGUUUACAAAUUCGUCUGCCGAAAGGAGCAGUUUAAUUCCACAGCUUUGACAGAUAAGGAGCAUUAAAGUCAGCAAGGCAGAAAUGAAAGAGAGACAAAACGCUGUUAUCUCUUUGUGGUGUGAAGUUUCAGGGGUGGGGUCGCUGUUUUUUUUUAUAGGAUUAUAUCUUGGAGGCUUUUCAGGACCCUCUAGUGACAUGUCCUCUAUUUCACUGUGAGACUGUUGCUCCACCAUGUGGUCAAUUGGAGACCCACGUUGACAAUGGUGGUGCAUUUGGUUGUUUCAGCCUCAUUUUAGAGGAAAUGAACAGAUUCCGGGAUGAAACAGCCAUGAAAGAUUUUGUUUUCUUCUCUACUUGUGUUUUAGCCUGGAAAUUGUGGUUUUGAGUGUUAUUUUCACGGUGUGCUUUCAUAUUGAAGAAGACCACCAACUCAGAAGAAAGUGCUGACACCCAUCCAUGAUAUGAUGAAGUACAGUCCUCCCAAUUUUCCAACCUUUCCAAAGAAUCAUCACAGAGGGAAAUUAUACAAAAAAAGAAAAGAAAAGAAAAAGAAACUAAACAUUAAAAUAAUAAGGUACAUGUAUUAUCACAAGUGUUUUCCUAUAUGUUUUUACUAGGCUCUCAAAAACAGAGGUCUCCAAUUUUUCCAUUAUGUAACAAAGGAAAAGUGCAUGAAUUUAAAAGUCACCAUAAGGGUUUGGCACAUGAGUUUACCCCAUGUGCCAAACCCUCUCGUGUACCUGUACUUUUCUUGUAGGAAAAAAAAAUAUAUAUAUAUAUGUAGAAGAACAAAAGAAAUGCAUUAAUAUUAUGCUGAAAGCUUCAGGCUCGUGUUCUGUUCACUUUAAAUGAAGCUCUCCAAAGACUUUUAUUAUGACAAGCGUCUGGACUUGUGACAAUUCAAUGCAAGAAUCUGGUCUUUUAAAUAAUAAAUAGAAUAAUAUACUAUGUCAGUUUUUUUUCCGUUACGAGCAAAACCUUGAACGCCCCCGUUAUUGGGGACCUCUGUUUUAAUCCAUAAUGCGUGGUGUUCCCACUGAGCCGUAGCAUGAGUUUGAAAGUUUUAUCAUUGGCAAAUCUAUGUGAGAAAACAUAUUUAAUACCAAACUACUUUGUACGGUUGUUUUUGCAUUAAUGUGUGUAGUGUGGGUGUCACGGGGUCGUACAGAACACGUGACGAAGCCUGAUGAAUAUUGAAAAGUCCAAAUCAGCCAUUUUAAAGACUACAAAGAAAGUCCUUUCAGCAUGACUUGUUGAUUUUUUUUUCUAUAGAGUUGAACAGAAUGUGUUGGCAAAUGGGAAUAUUUUAAUGGAGAUGUAUAUUUUAUAUUAUAAUCUACAUUUCUAGAUUAGUAGAGACUAUUGACUACAAUAUAUGUACAAAAAAGGCAUAUAUCAAAUGUGAAAUACUACAGUAUUACAAAAAAAAAACAAGAUUAAUAUUGUACAUAAUUUCAGCUGUGUGACAUAUCCAUACUCGGUGUAUGUGGAAAAAGAAAAAAAGAUUUCAAAAGAUUAUUCUUAGCUUACGUUUGUGAGUGCUGGGUCAGGUUCACAGGGUAUAACUGGCAACAGUGGUAAUUGCCAAGUUUGAUCCUCCUUAGAUUUACUGUAUAUCUAUGUGUGGUUCCAACAAUGUGUAGAUGUACAUGUACAUGUACACUGCUGUAUCCCCUUCCUGUAUCAUCGCCCUCUUCAGAGCAAACGACAUGUGCCUAACCAGCUCUCUGUGGAGGUUUUCCUUUUGACACAGUUUAUACAGACAUACACAUAUUCAUAUAUAUUCAUAUAUAUAUUUCCAUAUGUAUACAGUAUAUACACAACACAGAUGAGAGGAAGUGUAUGUAAAUAGAAACUUCAACUCUGCAUCAACCCGCAGAGGAACACUGUAAAGAAAGAAAACCUUUUAUCCCCCUGCCACACUAUCCUCCGUCUCCUUCACUUCCACUUGCAAUACACACAUCGAAAUUGUCGUGAAUGCAUGUUUUGUGACAAAUUUAGCAGAAAUCUCAUUUUAACGGAUGAAGGUUCGAGCACAUUUUGUAGCCAACUUUUUUUGUGACCGAAAAAAACAAACAAACAUUUGUUAAGAUUUUAGAACGAGUCGUUUCUUUGUACAAAAACAAUGCCCUCCGAGGACUGUAAUACUGGCGACAUUGAAACAGAGAUCAGUGUUUCAACUUGAAUUUUGACAGAACAAUGUACCAACCUCCAUGUAACGUGAGCUGCCCUGUCUAUGGAAGAAAAAAAAACAAAAGGGCUCAGAAGCAGACGUGGUUUUCCGUUCAUUUUGCAGCAGAGCGGGCUGCAGCGCAGCCUUUU